CGGACGGAGGAGCAGAGGCAGAGCAGGAGGAGUCGGUGUGUUCUUGCCGCUUGUCUGUCGAAUUCGCCGCUACCGAUCGGGGACACGGAGGGAACGAAGGCUAUACGCUCUCACGGCACGAGUCGAGAGGUACAGUGCAGUGUACACGGGAGAGGAAACGACGACAACGACGACGAGGUUUCGCCGUCCAUUUGUCCGAGCGUUGGUUGGCAGGAUUUGUUUGGUCCGUGCACGCAUACGCGCAUACGGUGGUGGCGGCGACGGCGGCGGCGGGUCCCGCUGUGUGACGGCGUCCGUUUCGACGGGAAGACGGAGAGAGAGAGGGAGUGAGUGAGAGAGCCACGUCGGCGACGACGGCGACGGAGAGGAGGCACACGGUGGGGUCUUUACGGAGGAGCCACAGAGCGAGCGAGCGAACGAGCGUGGUGAGCGAUCUGCGACGGCGAUAACGAGGGGAAUCCUCCUCGCCCGCGUCCCGGUGGACAGCCCAUCGCCUCGUCCUCCUCCUCCUCCUCUUCCUCCUCCUCCUCCAUCUCUAUCUCCAUCUCCACCUUCUCUUCCUCCCCCCCUCCUCCCCCUCUUCUCUCAGCUUUGUCGUCACUCGCCGUCCCUGAAUCGUGGUCGUCACGUCAAGCGGGUCGCCCCCGUCUCCUACAGCGAUUUCCGCGACAGUGACGCGCGCGCGAGUCAUCUCCUCCUCCGCCUCCCCCCUCCCGUCCCCCUGCUGCCACCGUAGCCGCGAUCCGCGCCCGGCCCCCGCGCCCGGCGGUCUUCGCACCCGGUCACAGCAGAAACGCAGAGAUUGUGGAGUCGAGGAGGUUAAGGGGACGGCACGAGCGGGAGGACGCGCCGUCAUCCAUCAUCACCAUGAAGCUGGUCGACCACGUGGUGCGGAGCUUCAAGGUGGCCAAGGUAUUCCGCGAGAACACCGAUCGGAUAAACAGCAUCGACUUCUCGCCGAAUGGCGACACCCUGAUCUCCUGCUCCGAGGACGACCAGAUCGUGAUAUAUGACUGCGAGAAGGGCACCCAGGUGCGCACGGUCAACUCGAAGAAGUACGGCGUCGACCUGAUACACUUCACCCACGCCAAGAACACGGCGAUACACAGCAGCACCAAGGUCGACGACACGAUCCGUUACCUGAGCCUGCACGACAACAAGUACAUACGCUACUUCCCCGGCCACACGAAGAAGGUAGUGUCGCUAUGUAUCAGUCCGAUCGAGGAUACCUUUCUCUCCGGUUCUCUAGAUAAAUCCCUGCGGUUGUGGGACCUGCGCUCGCCCAAUUGCCACGGGGUGAUGAACGUCUCGGGCCGGCCGGUCGCGGCGUACGACCCGGAGGGCCUGAUCUUCGCCGCCGGCGUAAACUCCGAGAGCAUCAAGCUGUACGAUCUGCGUAGCUUCGACAAGGGUCCGUUCGUCACGUUCAAGCUCUCGCAGGAGAAGGAGUGCGACUGGACCGGGCUCAAGUUCAGCAGGGACGGCAAGACCAUCCUGAUCUCCACUAACGGUAGUACGAUUCGUUUAAUUGACGCUUUUCACGGUACGCCGUUACAGACCUUCGCCGGGCAUCUUAACAACAAGGGGAUCGCGAUCGAGGCCAGUUUCAGUCCGGACUCGCAGUUUGUGUUCAGUGGCUCCACCGACGGCAGGGUGCACGUGUGGAACGCGGAGACCGGCUACAAGGUGUGCGUGCUGAACGGCGACCAUCCGGCGCCGGUGCAGUGUAUCCAGUUUAAUCCCAAGUACAUGAUGCUGGCGUCCGCGUGCACCAACAUGGCUUUCUGGCUGCCCACCAUCGACGAGAACGCAUAAGAUUAAUUUAUGAGAAAUUCUAUGCAGAGAAUGCAAUGCCAGAAUCUACUUUGUAAAGGAGAAAAAAAACAGAAGAGAGAAAGAGAGAGAGAGAGAAAGAGAGACAACUGAGAACAACAAUCGGUCGCGAUUUGUGCAACUCAUUGCGAACGAAUACAUUUACAUUGCAUUUACAUUAUGUGUACAAAAAAAAAAAACUGGAACGGCGUUUUGCCAGGUUCUGAAACUCUGUGUGACUCUUCGAGGGAAGAGAAAGCGACAGCUCGUAGACGGCAUCACGCUCGCCCACGCGACUUUCUGUCCGACGUUCUCGUCGACGGCGCCAGUCACCGUUUUCGUCGUUUCCACGGAUACAGGAAGAUCCACGUAUCCAUGCGAACGUUUUUCGAACGCGCGACCGCUUCCUGCGCGUAAUCGUUUAAGCGUUUAACGAAGUAUACACGUCACGCGCGGGAAGUGGGCCAACGUGUCCUUAGAUUUAGUCCCGUUUCAUCGGGCCACCUCGACCGUCUCUCUCGUCCGACACUGUGUUCGAGAAAAUUUAGAAUGUAGAACGUUGCUGCACGCGCGCGCGCGAGAGAGAGAGAGAGAGAGAGAGAAUACCGUCUUCGAGAGCUUUUGUACGCCGAGGCUAGAAAAUGUAGGAACUCUUCGAACAGCUGGUAGAGAGAUAGGAUUCGCGUACUUCGAGCACGACGUCUUUGAACGGCAGCCUCGUUCGAUUUUGCACGUUGCUGUUGUACGCGUCUAACACUUUUCACUUUUGAUAACCGGACGCGUUGCCUAGAUAUUACGGCAUAGAAUUGUUCAUUUAGUUAAGAAGCGUUAAAACGGCGCGCCUGCGAGCGAUCUUCGAAUAUUUCACUCGGAGCCCAACGACGUAGUUUUCAACGGACAGCCCGUUAAAUACCGUAAAACUGAUCCUUCAAUAUUGUUAUAGUUAAUCCGAUUCGCAUGGCCGUAUACAGGAUAAGUUGUCUCUCUGGUUGAUCGUGCGAAACUCCGUCAUUUCCUAAAAUGACGGGUGGAGCUUUCAAUGUUUUUUUUCUUCGCAAUAGUAAUCUUUUUCACAUCGACAUCUCCGUUUCAUUUCGCGACGCAAAAGUAAUUGGCCGUAAUCUUGGAUUUAGUCAGCCUUCAAUUCUUAUCUCCCCGCCCAUUCAGCUUUCAACGUAGUACGUAGUUCUAAAUAAUAUACGAGAUAACACAUGGCAUUAUCUCAUGGUUGCGAAUAGAGAUUUAAGAACAUAACUAGAUACGUGCAGAAGAUAUUGCCUCUCGAAAAAAAACCGUGCGUACGGGAUCUUCCUCGUUCCUGUAUGCGGCCAUGCCUCGGUCCUUUCAUACGUAAAACUAUUGGAAACGCCCAUCUAAUUGCGCUCUGCGUACGCGCACAUCGUAGACUAGCCAGAAGCGUAAUUUAUACACUUUCGACAGCGAGAAGAAGGAGGAAGAGGAUCGUCGCCGAUGUUGCGCGAUGGAAAAAAAAGGCUCCACCAUCGUCACGUUUCUCUUCCGCGAAGAGCAUCGACGACGGUAGCAGCCGGCGGUCUUGGCCGUCGCUGAUGACGAAGAUGCGUCAAAAAAAGAAAGAAAAAAA